GCAACAGCAGUAGAGUCAGAGUCAGAGCGAGAGGUAGGUGCGGUGCUGCGUGUGAGUGUGUAAGAGAGUGUGUGUUUACUGAGAGGAUAACAAAAGCAGUUUAUCCCAGAGCGCGAAACACACCCCCGCCUUUAGAGUUUAGAGUCUGAGUGAAAUCACCAGCACGGCUCCCUGGCUUCUUCUCUGUCGAACAGAAAGCGUGGAGGAAGACCCGUAGAGAGGCGAGGAUGUUGGUCCCCGCGGGAAGAUAAUGAAGAGGCUGCGCGGUUUGUUGGUGUGCCUCAGUGUAGCAGCUCUCCUGUGCUGGUCUCCUGGUCGUCAUGUCCAUUGUUCAGAACAGCCCUCUACAGGUCCAGUACUCACUGCACAGGAUAGUGGCCCUCACGCAACACAGGAGGAUGGGGCUAACGAUAAGCAGGUUGAAGAGGAAUGGGCAACCCAGUCAUCGUACAGCGUGGGGCUGGAGACAGAAAGGGCUGCACUAGAAGAGCAGCUUGAGCAAAAUACCCAGUACGAAAAUGAACUCGAACAGACUGUGAAAAUUGUAGAGGAGGAGAAAGAAGUAGAGGAAGAGGUGGUAGACGAGUUACCCCCUGUCCCUGACCAUUCAGAGCCCCAUCCUAAUCCAGACCCACAACAGCUCACCCAGAAACAGCCCCACACAUCAACACAAUCGACACUGCCAGCCCAGACCCAGGCGGAGUCUGAACUCCCCCAGCCCACGGCCACCCAGGACCAGGUUAUUGCUGUUACUGCUCCUCCUCCUGAGGAAUCCCAUGGAGUGCUGGAGGUGGACCCCAACACAGAAGCCCUCUUCGCUGCUGACCCCACGAACUCCCCAGAACCAGCAUCUCCCACCUCACUCACGUCACCUGAAACCCCCUCCAGUACACUAGAGGUUGCCAGUGCUGGUGUCCCACUAAAGAACUCUAGUGCCAGUCAGUGUGAGGUGGGCUCCGUGGCCCUCUCCAGCCAGCUCCUUGCCUCUGACGCCACACUCAGCAGUGAGGUCGUGGAACCAGUGGAGAAUCUCGAGAUGGAGACCAAUUCUGACCCGGCUGCCUCUUCAGACUCCGCCGAGUCGAACCUCACAGAGCCGGAGCAGAGAGCAAACGCCUCACAUCCUUCAGAGGACCAGUCGGGGGUUGAUCAUGAGGUAGGCACUUACCCACGUGUACCUGGUAAAGAGGACAUCCCUACCUUUGAUGAGUGGAAGAAGAAAGUGAUGGAAGUGGAGGAGAAGAAAAGUCAGUCUCUACACACCUUAUCAAAUGGCAGUCCACACCCAGUCAAGAAGGUCCAGAAGAACUUUAAGAACAAGAAUAACUAUGCCUCUGUGGAGUGUGGGGCUAAAAUCCUCUCAGCCAACAGUGAGGCCAAGAGCACUUCUGCCAUCUUAAUGGAGAACAUGGAUCUGUACAUGCUGAACCCCUGUAGUAAUAAGAUCUGGUUUGUCAUUGAGCUGUGUGAGCCAAUCCAGGUGAAGCAGCUGGACAUUGCGAACUUUGAGCUCUUCUCCUCUACGCCUAAAGACUUCCUGGUGUCAAUCAGUGACCGAUAUCCCACCAAUAAAUGGAUUAAACUCGGAACGUUUCAUGCCCGGGAUGAACGCACAGUGCAGAGCUUUCCUUUGGAUGAACAGCUGUACGCCAAAUAUGUGAAGAUGUUCAUCAAGUACAUAAAGAUUGAGCUGCUCUCGCAUUUUGGAUCCGAACAUUUCUGCCCUCUUAGUCUGAUUAGGGUGUUUGGCACUAGUAUGGUGGAGGAGUACGAUGAGAUAUCUGACUCUCAGUAUCCCUCAGAAAGGGUCGAAUACCUGGACGAGGACUAUGAACUCCAUUUCUUAGAUUACCCACCGGGCUACCUUCCAUCUGAAGACAAACCAUCAAAGAACCUGCUGGGUUCUGCCACAAAUGCCAUCCUCACCAUGGUCAACAACAUUGCUGCUAAUGUCCUAGGUGGGAAGCCAGAACUUGAAGAUGGAGCUCAGAUGGAAGGGAACAUGUCUUCAGGGGCGGAAAAUGACACAGAAGUGUCAACAGAGACCAUACAGUCACCAACACCCACCCCCAUGGAGGAAGAAGUAAAGCUGCCCACACCAGAACUGGACCCCACUCUGGUGAAAGAAGACCCCGAAUCUGCUCCUGAGUCUCCCUCUGAGGAGAGCCGCAUCGUCAUCCUCAUGGAAGACGAAGAGGAGGAGCCGACCCCACCCACCGUGACCCUGCUGGAGGAAGAGGAGCGGGAGGAGGAGGAGAGACGGCACGCGGAGGAUGCUUGGGAGAAAGAGAACUUCUUUUACUGCGGCCAUCUUAAAACCCUGUCCUGCCUGGCCAGACUUCAGGAGCACCUACAUCUGUACUGCUCGGCUGCUUUAGCUCUCCAGCGUCUGCGCCGGGAGAGGAACACGCGUGCCAGUACACACACUCAAACACACACAUCCCUCCCAACCCCCACUCCCACUGAAGCUUCCUCGCCACCUUCUGAGACACUUACGGAAGCAGAGUGGCCCACUCAAGCCCCUCAGGAUGAGAUAGCCCCAACUGAUACAGUUCCUGUUCCCCCUCAUGCCACAGGGUCUUUGGAGCCUAGCGUGGAUUUGUCCCCUGACACAAUCUUGCUGGAGCCCAGCCGUACCUUGCCCAUCCCCCCUCACAGCUUCUCUGACACCGCCCUUUCCAGUCCCACCCCUACCCAGGACAUCAUGGAGACACCUCCCCUUACAGGCGAACCCCAGGACUCCAGACCUCAAUACCCGGAGCUCGUCCCAGAAAGCAGCAGCAGCAGCGUCGUCUUCAACCCCAGCUCCACCACCUCCAUGCUCACUCCGACGUCUGACCUCCUCAGCCCUGAGACAGACAGAGGAGUAGAACUCCCUGUGCCAACCAAAGAACAGCCACUCCAGCCCCUCCCCACACACACACGACCCACUGAAAUCCCACCUCCCACUGAACUCCCCACUUCCGGCUCUGAGGCUUCAGACCCCAACCAGUCGGCAGGGUCCGAGGACCUCCAACAAAAAACUGAGAGCUCCGACAUCCUACCCAUCACUCCUCAAGAGGAGGAGGUGGUGGACAUCCUCCUCAGCAUGCCGGCCAUCCAGAAUGGUGGACAGCGAACUGCCACAGACUUUUAUGCUGAGCCUCAGAACUUGUCCGAGUUGAGUCAAGGCAAUGGUAAUGGCAACCAGGUGCAUGGCUCCAACCAAAAGGAGUCGGUGUUCAUGAGGCUCAACAACAGAAUCAAAGCCCUGGAGAUGAACAUGUCUCUGAGCAGCAGAUACCUGGAGGAGCUCAGUCAAAGGUACCGUAAGCAGAUGGAGGAGAUGCAGAAGGCCUUCAAUAAGACCAUCAUUAAGCUGCAAAACACCUCCAGAAUUGCAGAGGAGCAGGAUCAGAAACAAACAGAUUCCAUCCAAAUCUUGCAGAGUCAGUUGGAGAACAUGACCAGACUCGUGCUUAACCUGACUGCCACAGUUAACCAGUUACAGAAUGAAGUGUCCGACAGGCAGAGUUACCUGGUGGUGUCUCAGGUGUUGUGUCUGGCUCUGGGCCUGCUGCUGUGUUUGCAGUGCUGCCGCAGCUCCUCCAGUCACAACAGGAGCGCAGCCAUUCCAGUGAGCAACCACUACCCCAGCCCCAAGAGGUGUUUUUCAUCAUAUGAUGAUAUGAAUUUAAAGCGGAGAGUUUCAUGCCCUCUUGUACGCUCCAAGUCAUUUCAGCUGCCUACCUCAGAAGUAGGUCCUGAUGACUUGUACAUUGUAGAACCUCUAAGGUUUUCUCCAGAGAAAAAGAAGAAGCGCUGCAAAACGAAAGGUGGAGAGAAAGCAGAGACUCUGAGGGCCUCUGUCGAAGAAGUGACGGUCGCUAACGGCGGGCCUAAAAGCGAUAGCCUCCAUAUGCCUCAUUUCCUGCCGUCGCCCUGCGAGGAAGAUGCAUCCGCCUGCUCAUUCAGAGAUGCUGUGUCUGAGGGCAGCUCCGAAGGCUCAUCGUCCUCGUCGUCCUCCUCCUCCUCUUCAUCCACAGCAUCAGAUGAGUACUGCUGCAAUGCUCAGCGCAACGGUCAGCUUUCUUCAAGCUACCCACAGGCCAAGAACCGGGCGGAGAAGAGGUCGUUCAAGCGGAGACGCUCCAAGAUUGGUGAACAACUUCAGCAGCAGCAGCAGCAACAGCAACAUCAGCAGCUGCAAAAACAGCAGCGGCCUCAGUCAAAUGGGCGAUUUGGGGCAGGGCUACUGCAUGCCCCCAUUCCUGUGACAUCAGGUGUCAUGCCAACACUGCAGGAACUGAUGAAGGGGAAACAGGAGCUAGGUGUGGGGGCGUUCGGGAUGAGCACGGCUGUGAGCGGCCGUGUCUGAGUUAGAAGCACAUCAGCACACUCGUCACCCUUUGUUGGACGGAUCUUUGCUCUCUCUCUCUGUUUCUCUCUCUCUCUCUCUGUUUCUCGUUCUAUGUCUCUCUCUCUCUCUCUCUCUCUCUCUCACCAUUCAGUCAGACUCUGCCACAUAUGCACAAAGUGGAACUUGGACUAAAUGAUCACAGUAAACACCCCCUCCCUCACUCUUUUACAACACAAGUUUAUUUUCAUUCUGAGAUUCUCCCCUCUUUCAUGUGCCUUUAUUUGUCCGUUAUUGAACUCUCACAAGGAGGUGAACAGUACACAGCCCGAGGUGAAGAGUCUUUCUUUUGGUUUUCUUUCAUUUUUGGAGAGAAAUCUGGUUUAUUUUUAAGGGGGUCACAAAGAAGACUAACUUUUGAAUAGUAUGAGUGGGAUUGCUUUCGCUUGUUUGUAUGUUAUUGUUUUUGUUUCCUUUCUUCUCAAGUGGACCAGUACAUGAUUCAAUCUAUAAAUUUCAUUUGUUCUCUCUAAUGGCCAGGAUGAUGAGAGGGGAGGACUCAUACUACCAGUGUGAGUUAAGAGACUAUCAAGACCAACCUCCAUACUCCUUACUUUUUGUUUUUUUUUCUCCAACGCACUACCACAGGCCUCAGGUCUCUGCCUGCUCUCUUUUUCUCCACCAGUCCCCCUGUUCUGCCCUUUCACGCUUAAUGCUUUAAAUGCGGUUUGUGCAGUUCAUGCUUAUUGUUGUCUUUUUUUUAUGUUUUUAACACUAUCAUAUUCUGCAUGGGUGUGUGUGUGUGUGUGUGUAACUCCAGUCCUUUGAUUGUUCCUCGUGGUUGUUUGGUGGGACCAGUGUGUGGUUUGUGGUUUAUCAUCGUAGCCCAGGGAUGUCCGGCACUUUACCUUAUAUCAAUCUUAUGAGCAGAACUGAAGGAAGAACAGAUUCAACUUCUUUUACCUUUGUUUUCUCUUUUGUAUGUCUGACCAGAUCCUAUAAAUACUGUCACUUCACGUGUUUUUCUCUUUUGUUUGUUUAGACAUUAAUUAUUAAUGAUACAACGAUGACUAGAAGAGGUUUGGGCAGAGCCCAAAACCUAUAUUGAUUCUUUAUAUUCAUCCAUAAGCAUCCUUGUGCUGCGAUCAGACUCAUCAUCUUUUUCAACAUGUUUACUUCUACUCUAUAUAUCCGUGUUUGUUUACUACAUGAGCCAAUGUUGGAGUGUCAUUUAUUCAAACAAAUGGCCAGUUUAAAACACCUACAUACAUAUAAUAUAUAUAUAUAUACUGUAAAUUCCGACACACCCACAGGGAUUUUACAGUGGGCGCUUACUGUUUUAUUUAUUUAUCUAUUUAUUUAUUCAAAUGUCACAUGUGACUUGAGCUAGUUUGAGCUCAAGGUCUUGGGUCAAGCAGGGUGUUUUAGCCCUUCCAGUGUCCCUGUGGUGUGUCGUCAAUAUUUAUUGUAGAACGCACACAUAUGCGCACACAAACACAAGCACACAAACACACACACACACACACACACACACGCACAUAUAUCUACAUCUUAACAUGAAACAUGGAGCAUGAAAUGGUACAGAAGCCCCACAGAUUUUUGUCUUUCUUGUUUGCUUUUCUAUGUUUUGUUUAAUACAGAGAAAGCUGGAGUCUGAGCGCAGACCGGAAGCCACAUUUUUCACAUUUCAUCAAAUAAACACUUUAAGGACUCUCCAAGAGUUUUCAUUCCACAAACCAUCUUUAACUUUUAAUUGAAUGUGAUAAGCCAGAUGUGAGACAUUGGUUUAAUAAAGUGCGUCUGGUUCUGUCUGAGCCCACCUGAGGGUGAAAAACUAAACAAUAUGGGUCUGUUCUGAUGAGUUCUUGCUUUAUUGGUAUCUCUUUGAAGGAAGGAAGGAAGGAAGGAAUGCUGGAGCUCUUGUGUGUAAUAUCUGGUGUUUGUGCGUGUGUCUGUCAGUGUCCCAUUUCUAAUCUUCCUGCUAUCAUUAUAUAUGUGAUACUUCCUUUAAACACACACCCAUCUCUUCCUCUCUCUUUCCCAUCCUUUCACCUUGCAUGGCACUGUACCUGUGGCUGUAUCUCUCUCACUUGGUCAUUUCCCUCGUAUUCACUCUAAUACACUUCAUGUAUGUAUAUGUGUGUACAUGUGUCUGCGCUCACUGGACCAUUCUACGUCCCACUGCAGUUUUAUUCUGUUUGUUUUUAGCUAGAUGGUCCCUUUUCAUUUACUCAUCCAUUCACACCUCGUCUCUGAACAGAAACAGUAAACUCUCUCUCUAAGGAUAAGAAAUGUGAAUUCCUUUUCGGGGGGGCAAAUUAUAAAGGGAAAGUUUAGGAUUGUUCUGAGAGUAAUUCCACAUUCAGAGGGGGUUUAGUGUUCAUGUGCAUCUAUCAUGAUCUCUUUUCUACUUUGUUUUCUUUUUUUGUUGAAUGUGUAUGACAUUUGUGUAAUUCUUUUUUGUGAAUGGAUGUUUUAAACUGUGUGCAAGAAGAAGAAUAUAUGUGGAUUAACAUAUCCUAUAACCCAGUGAUUGGAGACCUGCAUCUGUGUUUGUGUGUGUGGUGCAGGCUCUCUUUCUCUCAGCACUUUGGAGAACUCCUCAUGCCUUGUUUUUUUCCUACAGUAGACCUUUUUAAAGUGCUAUUCUCCCCAUCGCUUCUCUUCACUUCUGGUGUCCUCUAGUGGCCACAGGCUCCCUUGUUGAUGCAGCCAGAAUAUGGCGCCAAAUACACCAGAUAAUCUGUGAGGAUGAGCUGCACAGUAUUUUUUUUGUUGUUGUUGAUGUUGGAACAGGAGUAACUGUAACUACAAAAAUGUAGUGCCAAUAGAAACUGUGAAUUUCUAAAUAAAACACUUUGUCUUUCA